CCGACCUACCUACUUGCACGCUCUCGAGCACCACUAGAGCUCAGCUCCAGAGCCGACCAGCACGAUUGCGACCCCGACCCCGAGUCAGCGCGACCAUCACCGAGGCGGUGCUCGCACGUUCGAACUUCGCCCAAGUUCCCCCCCGCUCCGAUGGCCUCCACCUCUCUCCCUCCUCCCACACCCUCGCCCCGUGUCGCCAGCUCGAGCAGCUCGAGCAGCAGCGACGACUUUGCAUUCCUCGAGGCCAAGCACUACUUGACCACGAUCCGCAUGCCGUCGUUCGCCAGCUCCCCCUUCGAGGCCGGCGCCCACGCCGCCGCCGACCUCGAGGCCAAGUCCGCCAGCUCGGCAUCGUCGUCGUCGUCGAGCCUGCCGUGGACGCCCGCCCGCCGCGACUCGUACUCGUCCAUGUACUCGUCGCCGUCGUCUGCCGGCAGCUCGACCGAGUGCGGCGACUCGUCGGACGAGGACGAGGCCGUCACCCCCCCCGUCUCGCCCGACCUCCUCCCGACCGGCGCUGCCGGCGUCGACCUCAAGGGCAAGGGCAAGCAGGCCGACCACGACGCGUUCAACCUCGCCGCCCUCCACUUCUCGCUCGCCGACGUCGCCGAGGACGACGCCGAGUGGGUCCAAGCCGUCCCCAUCGAGGCCGUCGUCCCCACUCCGGUCGCCCCCUCACCUCGUGGCAACCCGGCGGCGCCCUCGUCCACCACCCUCGCCGCCAAGCCCACCGCGCCCGAUCCGCACGAGCAGGCGGCCGCCGCCGCCGUCCGCCCGGUCCCGCAGCCCUCACCGCCCGAGUCGGUCGCGCCCCCUCCCUCGGCCGACGACGACGCGCGUGGUCGCUCGCGCUGGCCCCGCCUCCUGUGGCGCUCCGAGCUCGACGUCGACUCGCUCGUCGUCCUGCGCGACUACCACGAGCGCGCCAUCGGCGAGCCGCUCCCCGUCCUCCGCCGCGGCAUGCGCCCGCGCGAGGUGGCGCGCUGGUCGCGCCGCAUGGAGGACGCCGGCCUCUAGAGCGCGCCCGCACCCACCUUCCUUUCGUCGUCGUCAACCACCUCACCACUCGAUCCGACUCGGCCCUGUACCACUCGCCCCUUUCGCUUUUCUCGCUCGCGUCGUCGCCCUCACGCGGUCCACCCUCGUCGACUGCGCUCGGCGCACGUCCUCCCCUUUCCCCUUGCUAGUCCUCCCCCCUUUUUUUGACCUCCCCAUCUCGGAGCAGCAGUACCACCCCCCCUUCGUACCCUCCCCCUUCUCGCGCUUUCCCUCUGUACAGACCCCUCCCCGAUCUUGCCCGCGAAGGCACCACGAGCAAAAAGCAACAAACGCAAUUUUCAGUUCCACCCUGUG